CUCAAGCAACGGCUCCUCCAAGAAAAAUGCGAAAGAUGGCGUUGGUCGUAAACCGAUGUCUGUCAGCAUCUCUUCUUCCAAAUGCGAUUGGCCGGCUGGUAGUGAUGCUUGUGACAUGGAAAGUGUGUGCGGAGGGACAAUGGCGGAUGGAGACGGCAGUAGCAGUGACCAAGACGACAACGAGAGCGAUGCUGUUGAGCUUUUUGAAUCUGAACCUGUCGUGAAACCUCUUUCAAAGGUCGAGGAAGUGACCUUUACAAAAGCUAUGCAGCACAUUGAAGGAACCGGACUGAUGCUCCCCAGAAUGGAAAGGAGCCGCAGACGCGUAAGGUUCUGUUUUUGGCUGUCCAAUCCCGAGGUUGUGCGGACCAAGUACUCAACUUCAUCAUUCAACAAGCGCUGUACAGGUGAUGUCUGUAAGGGGGAUGUCGUUCUUUUCCAGCAGAAAGUUUAUGAAGGGUUCAAGAAGUGUGUUGGUAUGCGAACUGUGGCAGGCCGGGUUUUGAAAGAGAGCUAUGGUGCAUCAAAGCAGCAGCAUACUUUCACUGUGGAGGUACUGUGGUGCACAACGUCUGUAAAGGGCAAAGAGUUGUCUUGCAUGCGGCAGUUGAUAAUCAAGGGGCGGAAUUUGUAUAGAAUGAAGACUUUCCGGCAGACGUGGGAGAAUGAGCAAGAGAGGCAGAAGUUCCUUGACGAGAAGCAUGCGAGAGGGGACAAGGCACGUGCAGUUCGCCAGGCCGUGAAGACAGGUCAUCUACGAGUCAGUGAUGCGGCAAAAGUCAUGAAGGCCUCCCAAGCAACAAGUGCAAGUGAAGUGAAGGACAAGGAGAACAUCCCAGGAAGGUCAGAAGCAUCAUCUUUGGUUUCAGAUAACCUCCUUGCCAGGGGAGACAAGCACCACGCUCCUCAGAAAGGAGGAAAACCACCCAGAAAUCUCGAGGUGCCACCAGCACAAGGGCUCCAACCAAAUCCUGAUGCCUCGCGACCUCUUGCUCCCUCACGGCUAGUUGCUGCCCAAGUGCCACGCCCAUUGUAUCAACAGCAACAGCAACAGCAACAGCAACAGCACCAGCAACAGCACCAGCACCAGCACCAGCAGCAACAGCAACAGCAACAGCAACAGCAACAGCAACAUCAAGUGCUGCAAGCGCAAGCACUCCUACAAAACCCUGAUACCUCACGGGCUAAUGCCACCUCACGGCCAGUUGCUGGCCGGAUGGCAUUCACAUCUCAUAAACCGCAACAGCACCAGCACCUGCAACAACACCAGCAACAGCACCUGCACCUGCACCAGCACCAGCACCAGCACCAACACCAGCACCAGCAAGCGCCAAUACAAAUUCAAGCACCACAGCCGACACAAAUGCGGCAGCAAACUCUCCAGGAACCACUUCAGCGACAGCAGCAACAGUGGCAACCAGUUAAUGUGCAGAGCCAGUGGCAGCAGCACACUCAGCAGAAUGGUGGACCGGUGCUUCGUGGUCCUUUGUACAAUGCAGCAAACGUCAGUGUGUUCAACCACAUUGGUGCAGUGGAUCAGGUCCAGUCGCAUGGUAAUUACGAUGGCCGAUGGCAGAUGUACACAGGUGCGGGCGGAUAUUACCCUCAGGGAGGAUUGUACGUUGAAAGCCAGAUGAAGUAUGGAGGCUAUACUGCUUUCCCAGGUCAGUUGAGAUGAUCAGCCAGAUGUUGUUCAUUCUCCAGCUUGGGCGCUCUGCCUUUCCUCAAUUGCUCUCCUGUCUUCCUCUCUCUGUGUCUGUGUCCCUCCCUUCCCCUCAUUCUGUCACACACCUCACUCUCAGGCAACCACACAUCAAGAAACUCCUCCUUGUCCUCCCUUAAACCACAAGUACAUGGCCAAUGCAAGCUUGGAAAUCCAAAUUGGCUCAUUCCGACCGAAAUGGCUUGCAGCGCAAGCCAAAAGGAAAGAAAAAGCGCUGGGCUGGUGUUUCGCCAGAGCUUGGUGCGCAGGGAGAAUCUGCCUCGGCAAAUUGGCUUGGAUGUGCUGGUGGUUCAACUUCCCACUUCUGUUCAUUUGUAAUUCUAUCUAUCGAUCGAUCUAUCGAUCCAUCUCCAUCUAUCUAUCGAUCUAUAUCAAUCAAUCUAUCUAUCGAUCUAUCUAUCGAUCCAUCCGUUCAUUUAUGUUCUGAACAAUCUAUCUGUAAAUCGAUUGACUUUAUAUAUUGAUUUAUGAUUUAUCUGAUCUCCAUUUUUUUUUUUUUUCUCUCUUGACAUUUCUUCAUUAAAACAGAUCCUUAUGGUCCUGGUGCCUUGUCCAUUCUGGGAAGUGCAAGUCCGGUUCAUUUUUGUACCGCAAGUUCGAUAAGAAAUGCAUAGCAUGACCCUCUCUACUCGUUCUUCCAUCUAGGCCAAAGGAACUCUCAACAGCACUGAAUGCUCCCUGGGGGGAGGAUCGACUGUCCGAUAACUUGCGGCCGUAACCUUUUUUUCUUUCUAUGGUUCCACUCCGUCUUAGUGCCGCUUGGGACUGUCGUGUUGUUGGGAGUAACCAAGAGCUACAGAAGGGCUUGGCUAUGGCUACUUAGUAGUGGAAUGACUGUUGGUCGAAGGCAAAGUCUGGCUCCUCCCUCCGAGUUUCCGUUGGCUUGACGUUGUAUGCCGUCUGGCCUCCAGGUUGUCCGACUGUCGUAUUGCCUGCAAGGAGGGAAGUCCACACCUCCAGCACAACUUAGUGUGUAAUCAACAUUCACGCCAUCU